GUAACAGGUGUUUUCACAUGCUUAAAGGAAGGUUAACAUACAAAGGUAUAUUGUACUACACUGUAUGUUAUAACUACCUCGAUAAAUCCUUCAGACUAAUGAGACGUGUUAUAUAAGGAAGACUAAGUAAAAGGACAAUUAAUAAUGGAAAUCAACGACAAAUAUGAAUACGUCUUUGAUGAUAUCGAGUUUGACCUGUAUCAACAAUCAUAUAUGAAAGAAUGUACCGAUGAUGGCAAGGAAAACACCCGACAUAUUCCGAAAAGCAUCGAUCGCUUUUCUAAUGCUAAAUCACACAAGUCAUAUAUGCCAAAAAAGGACGAAACUGUUCAUGAUAUGCUUCUAAAUUUAGUAUCGUCAGCAUUUUAUGACGAAAUGGGAAUAGAUGUCCCAGAAUCGAAAGAAAUAACCAUCAACCAAACGCCUCUGAUCGACGAAUGGUCAAGUAAUGAGUCAGAAUCUGUUCAAAUGGUGACCAAUCAAUCGUCAUCUAUCAAUGAACUAUCAAACAAUGAUUCAAAAUCUGAUCAACUGGUGCCCAAACCCACGACAAUAAACAAUAAAAUAACAAACUCAGAUGAAGAAUUUGGUAAAACGUCAAUAAUGGAUAAUUUCACACAGAAUAAUUCAAAACUUAAAGUAUUAGCAUCAGAUCAAAAGUCUGCGACAAGUGAAAUGGAAACUUGCCUUCUAAAUUCCGACGAACUACUGACAUUUCAAUCAUUAUAUAACGAUUGUUUAAUUGAUUGUGAUGUUACUAAGAGGAACAAAUUAGCACACCGACGUCUGUCAGAGGGUUUGAAAAAUGAUGAGCAAUCACAAGAUCCAGAGCAAAUUCCCAAGUUUAAGGAGAAUUUAUCUGACCGAAAAGAUAGAGGAAACUUUGACAGAUCUGUUCUAAAAGGUAUAUAUGGACUUCCUGACUCUGCGUUUAAGGAUGAAAUGGUUACAAAAAAACUUGACUCUGCGGUUAAGGAUAAAAUGGUUACAAAAACUGAAGUCAAGUGUGGAAUGCAUAAUGAACACAAUAUGAAUUGUGCUCAAACCUUAGAUUCAAUUGCCAUAUCUCGAGAGUCAUUCGGAGAUCACCAGAAUGAGACAUCUGAAAUAAAUAAAGACAUAGUUCAGAAUACAGAUGGGAUAUACGAAGAUAUUACAAAUGAGAACAGCGGAAAUCGUAAAAACGAAAUUCAUAAAAAGCGGGAUAUAACAGACACCGUUAUCGACCUGGAUAUAUACCAAAAGGGAUGUUUUAAUUUUAUAACUGAAAGGAAGGUAGAACACGAUGUUAAGAGAAAAGCUUCUUGUGAUGUUAUAAGAAACGCUACAACGAGCAAACUCGUUGAUACAAAAAUUUAUAUGAAGAAAGAUGAUGUUAUUGUUAUCGAUGCAUGUUGUUCAGAUAAUAGAGUCGAGAAGGGCGGUUUGCACGAAAGUGUCGAGACAAAUGGUUUGCAGGAUGAUGUCCAGAAAGAUUGUGUUGAAAGUAGCGUUGAUUACAUCUUUGUUAACAAUAGCGCACAGAACGGUUGUGUUCAUGAUCGUGUCGAGAAAUGUUGUGUUAACGAUAAUUUAGUAGCCGAUAAUUUCAAUAACGAGGAAGGGAAAACAAAAGAACAUAACAGAAAUUCUCUUUUUGCUAAACUCGUAAAUGAAACAGAUGGGGUACAUGUAGAACAAUCUAAUUUAGUAGAAAAGGAUGAUCGUAGCGGCAGUAAAUGUGACACUGAAACAAAACAUGACGCUAAUGUUGUUUGCAGAAUGAAAUUAAAUCAAAUCUAUAACUCAGAAAACCUCGUCAAUUCAACAAAGCGAAAAUAUACAGACAAGACAUCGUCAUCAACCAGUGAAAAUGGAGCGAAUCAAAAUAAAGCAAAUAAGGAUUCUUGCAGUUUAGCAAAGCAGAAAAGAUCAAAUAUCAAUAAGGUGGUGGGCAAUUAUUUUGAAAUCUUUGAUAUUUACUUUGUGAAGAUAUGGAAAUGUGACUUAUCCGUGAAAACACUCGCUUGUGGGAAUUUUACCUGUAAACAAAAGUCAGUCUGCAAAGAAUUAAAGAUUAUAUCAAAUAUCAUUUUGGUAGGAUUUCAGGAGGCUCACAGGAAAUUUGUCGAACGGUCAAAUACUAUUACUAAAUUUGAGAAUCAAGAGCAAAUAACAGAUAGUAGCUUACGGAACUUAUAUUCCCAAUUCAUAACGAAUCUUGUUAUCUUCAUUGUCGACUUUUCCAAUUGCAUUCGCACUUUUGGACAACUUCCAGAUGAUUUUAGAAAAAUUCAAAUCAGACAAUGCUUGUUGGAAAUGGCCGUGAUUUACUAUACAUAUUGGUAUUCUGUACGUAAAUCAGACAUAUUCUGGGAAAUAUACAAACUUGAUACAUCUAUGAGGAAUUUUUCAAUUCAUGGAGGAGAAAUAGGACAUCUGAUUUCUAAUAUUUACAGGUCUACUGUUUCCUUUAAAUUACUAAAUUUAACAGAUCAAGAAAUAAGUCUUUUAGCAGCAAUGGUUUUGCUAUCUCCAGAUCGACAAGGAAUACAAAAGAAUCACGUCAAUCAUCUAGUAAAACUGGAAGAAAUCAUUUGUGUUGCUUUAAAAUGUAACAUGGUGUCUCUUCAUAAAGAAUACUCAUCUUGUCUGUUCGAAAGAACAAUCAGAAAACUUAUCGAUCUCAGGCUGUUUAGUGAUAUUCACCUUAAAGACUUUUUACAGUCACCAAUAACUGAUUAACAAAGUAUUGGAACAUAUUAUGUAUAGAUAUUAAAAUAUUGUCAACA